CCGUGCCGUUAGGAGCCGCGCGCGCACGCGCACGCGCGUCAAGAACGUGGGUUCGCCGCUGUGCCUCGGGCUCGCAGCGCAGGAUCGCCGCCCGCUGCUCCGAACUAUCCGGCGGCCCGUGUCAGCCCGUCGCCGGCCGCCCGCCGCAGAGCCGCGCCUGCGCAGCGCCGCCGGCCCGAGCAGGCCGCGCGGGCGGUCAUGGCGCACCGCUGGUUGCUGCUGUGGGGCCGGGGCGGCUGUCGGCCCCGCGGCCUGUCUCCGCUGUCGGUGCCCGGCGGCGGCGGCGGGAGCCCCGGCUGGCGGCCCUGCCUGCGGACGCUUUAUCAGUACGCUGCAGCUCAGAGGACAAGCACCAGAAACUCGCUUUUGACAGAUGUAAUUGCUGCUUAUCAGAGAUUCUGCUCUCGACCUCCAAAAGGGUUUGAAAAAUACUUUCCUAAUGGAAAAACUGGGAAAAAAGCUAGUGAGCCUAAAGAAGUUAUGGGAGGAAAAAAAGAAUCAAAGCCAUCUAAUACCUCGAGUACUUCAGCAGGAGGAGUUGGUGGUGGUGGCAAACGAGGGGGCAAGAAAGAUGAUAAUCACUGGUGGUCUAGAUUCCAGAAGGGUGACUUUCCAUGGGAUGACAAGGAAUUCAGGAUGUACUUUGUCUGGACUGCUGUGUUUUGGGGUGGAGUCAUGCUCUACUUCCUCUUCAGGACCUCUGGGAGAGAGAUCACGUGGAAAGACUUUGUCAAUAACUACCUUUCCAAAGGUGUGGUAGAUAGACUGGAAGUUGUCAACAAGCGUUUUGUUCGUGUGACUUUUACACCAGGGAAAACUCCUGUUGAUGGGCAAUACGUCUGGUUUAACAUUGGCAGUGUGGACACCUUUGAGCGAAAUCUGGAAACUUUACAACAAGAAUUAGGCAUAGAAGGGGAGAAUCGAGUCCCUGUUGUCUACAUUACUGAAAGUGAUGGCUCGUUUCUCCUGAGCAUGCUGCCCACGGUGCUCAUCAUCGCCUUCUUACUCUACACCAUCCGAAGGGGGCCUGCCGGCAUUGGUCGGGCUGGCCGAGGGAUGGGAGGACUCUUCAGUGUUGGAGAAACCACUGCCAAGGUCCUGAAGGAUGAAAUAGACGUGAAAUUCAAAGAUGUGGCUGGCUGCGAGGAGGCCAAACUAGAGAUAAUGGAAUUUGUAAAUUUCCUGAAAAACCCAAAGCAGUAUCAAGAUCUAGGAGCAAAGAUUCCAAAGGGUGCCAUUCUCACUGGUCCUCCCGGCACUGGGAAAACGCUACUGGCUAAGGCCACCGCUGGAGAAGCCAAUGUCCCUUUCAUUACUGUUAGUGGAUCUGAGUUCUUGGAGAUGUUUGUCGGUGUGGGUCCAGCCAGAGUCCGAGAUUUAUUUGCCCUUGCUCGGAAGAACGCCCCUUGCAUUCUCUUCAUUGAUGAGAUUGACGCUGUGGGGAGGAAGAGAGGAAGAGGGAACUUUGGUGGACAGAGUGAACAGGAGAACACACUCAAUCAACUGCUUGUGGAAAUGGAUGGUUUUAACACAACAACAAAUGUAGUCAUUUUGGCAGGCACCAAUAGACCAGAUAUCCUAGACCCUGCGUUGCUGAGACCAGGGCGCUUUGACCGGCAGAUCUUCAUUGGACCACCGGACAUUAAAGGAAGAGCCUCUAUUUUCAAAGUUCACCUCAGACCACUAAAACUGGACAGUGCCCUAGAAAAGGAGAAACUGGCUAGGAAACUUGCAUCCUUAACUCCAGGGUUUUCAGGAGCUGAUGUUGCUAAUGUCUGUAAUGAAGCCGCUUUGAUUGCUGCAAGACAUCUCUCAGAAUCCAUAAUUGAGAAACAUUUUGAACAAGCAAUUGAACGCGUGAUCGGCGGUUUAGAGAAGAAAACGCAGGUGCUGCAGCCCGAGGAGAAGAAGACUGUGGCAUACCACGAGGCAGGCCAUGCAGUUGCGGGCUGGUAUCUGGAGCAUGCAGACCCACUCUUAAAGGUGUCCAUCAUCCCUCGGGGCAAAGGACUGGGUUACGCUCAGUAUUUACCCAGAGAGCAGUACCUGUACACCAAAGAGCAGCUCCUGGACAGGAUGUGCAUGACGCUGGGUGGCCGGGUGUCAGAGGAAAUCUUCUUCGGAAGGAUCACGACUGGUGCCCAGGACGACUUGAGAAAAGUGACUCAGAGUGCAUAUGCCCAAAUUGUUCAGUUUGGCAUGAAUGAAAAGGUUGGGCAGAUCUCCUUUGAUCUCCCCCGCCAGGGAGACAUGGUAUUAGAGAAGCCGUACAGUGAAGCCACUGCGAGGCUGAUUGACGACGAAGUGCGGAUACUCAUUAACGAAGCUUAUAAAAGAACAGUCACUCUCCUCACAGAAAAGAAAGCUGAUGUGGAGAAGGUUGCUCUUCUAUUACUAGAAAAAGAAGUAUUAGAUAAGAACGAUAUGGUUGAACUUUUGGGCCCCAGACCAUUUGCAGAAAAAUCUACCUAUGAAGAAUUUGUAGAAGGCACCGGCAGCUUGGAUGAGGACACUUCACUUCCAGAGGGUCUUAAGAACUGGAACAAAGAGCGGGAGAAGGAGAAAGAAGAGACACCAGAAGAAAAAAUUGCCAACCAGAUCCGAGGAGGGAGUCCUUUCUAGCUUGUCACAUUGUGGUUCCACUUUGCAUAUUUUUUCAACUCUGGCAUUGUUAAAAGAAUGAAAGCUGGUUAAGUUGAUCUAAACCAGUGGCUGACCUAGUUGAAAUGGUGGGAAGCCUCAGAAGUCACAGUGAGUGGCAGGGUGACUUUGCUAAGAUGUCAGUGGAGAGAACACACCUCCCAGCCGAGGCUAGGAGAGGGGUGGGCCACCCGCUGCUCCUGGCUGCAGGCCAGUCAAGCUGCGUGUCUGUCGCGUCAGGGUUGAGAAUCUGUGAGGACUACUCCAGGUGGAGAGGUGUGACUUCUCCCUUCCUCCCACCUACUCUUCAUUCCUGUUUUCUUUCAGAGCUGCCUUGCAGACAGACUCUGAAGUGAAGUUGGAGUCCUGAUAAUAUUUUAAUCUGACCUAAUACUUUAAAGAUUGAACCCAAAAAUCACAUGUUGCUGUUUAAACAGAAUGGUUUUCUACAGAGAGCUGUAACAUAUUUAAAAACAUGAAUGUAUUAUGUAAAUAUAGCUUCUUUACAUCAGAAAUAAACACUGGACUUUUUUCUUGUGAA